CUCACCGGGUCUUCUUCAGAAGCCUCUGCUUUCAGGGUUGUCCCCGCUCCGGCUCAGCCUGGGACGGAGCCUCAGAUCAGGGGACACCUGUAGCCUUGAAUUUUAACCUCAGCGAUGGGAAAACUUGAAAAUGCUUCCUGGAUCUACGAUCCUCUCCUGAAGUACCUGAACAGCACAGAGGAGUACCUGGCUCACAUCUGUGGACCCCGACGCAGCCACCUCUCCCUCCCGGUGUCUGUGGCCUAUGCGCUGAUCUUCGUGGUAGGGGUGAUGGGCAAUCUUCUGGUGUGCCUGGUGAUCCUCCGACAUCAGACCUUGAAGACAACCACCAACUACUACCUCUUCAGCCUGGCCAUCUCAGACCUGCUGGUCCUGCUAUUUGGGAUGCCUCUGGAGGUCUAUGAGAUGUGGCACAAUUACCCCUUCCUGUUCGGGCCGGUGGGCUGCUACUUCAAGACCGCCCUCUUCGAGACUGUGUGCUUUGCCUCCAUUCUUAGCGUCACCACAGUUAGCAUAGAACGCUACGUGGCCAUCGUCCACCCGUUCCGAGCCAAGCUGGAGAGCACGCGGCGGCGGGCCCUUAGGAUCCUCAGCCUCGUCUGGGGCUUCUCGGUGAUCUUUUCUUUGCCCAACACCAGCAUCCAUGGCAUCAAGUUCCAGUACUUUCCCAACGGGUCCUCCGUGCCCGGCUCUGCCACCUGCACAGUCAUCAAGCCCAUGUGGGUGUACAACUUCAUCAUCCAAGCCACCUCAUUCCUCUUCUACGUCCUCCCGAUGACCCUCAUCAGCAUCCUCUACUACCUCAUGGGGCUCAGACUGAAGAGAGAUGAAUCCCUUGAGGCAGACAAACUGACUGUGAGCAUUCACAGACCCUCCAGAAAAUCAGUCACCAAGAUGCUGUUUGUCUUGGUCCUCGUGUUUGCUAUCUGCUGGACCCCUUUCCAUGUGGACCGGCUCUUCUUCAGCUUUGUGGAGGAGUGGACUGAGUCCCUGGCUGCUGUGUUCAAUCUCAUCCACGUGGUAUCAGGUGUCUUCUUCUACCUCAGCUCAGCUGUCAACCCCAUUAUCUAUAACCUCUUGUCAAGACGCUUCCGGGCGGCCUUCCGGAAUGUCAUCUCUUCUUCCUGCAAGUGGUGCCGUUCCCAGGAUCUCCCACCAGGACCUCGGGCCCAGAAGAUCAUCUUCUUGACAGAAUGCCACCUUGCGGAGUUGACAGAGGAGACAGGCCCCCAGUUCCCCUGUCAGUCAUCCAUUUACAACUCACACCUCUCCACAGCCCCUGUGCUGGACAGGUACCAUGAAGGGAGUGGUCAGAAGACCACGUCAGAAGGCCUGGAUUCUGUGGAUUGACACCCCUCUAAGCCCCAGCAAGCAAGGAGGGGCAUCCUGUCACCUGUGCCUGCUGUGUGGCAUUAGGAAGACAAGACUCUUAGGUCCCACAUACUCGUGACUUUUUUGACGUAAAAGUCAGGACUUCGUUCUAGGUCACCAUGUAGACACUGCUGAUUUAGACACUCCAUCUUUCCGUACUGCGAGUUUUCAAAACUGUGAUUGCGAUGCAUCACAUGUGAGUCUUACUUAAAGACGCUUUCAUAAUGUUGAGUUUAACAGAGCGAAGCAAGGCAGAGGAGCUAAGCUGCACAGCCCAGUUAGCCCAACCUCCAAAGCCCAGGACUCAUAAGGAGCUACUGGGGUGAGCCAGUGACUGGCUCAGAACUGCUCACGAAAACUUCCCCCUCCAAUAGUUAGGACUUUUGCAAGCUUGUUGUCGAAUGAGCGAUGGCUUGAAAUCAGUCAUAGGAGAAAUAUUUAGGCUACGGGAAUUAACAAGCUCUCCAAAUCAAGGCUAAAUCAUUUUUGUCCCCUGGAGAGCUGGCCCGAGAGCAGGUUGAGAGCUAUUAAUAAGCUGGCACUUUGCCAGCUUGCUGCAAUGCGUGUGACUUGUUUUUAGACCAAAAGCUGGUAAUGCUGUAAUUAAGGACUACUUAGAGUCCUGGUUAACUCGGUUAACUAGAUUUCUUUUUUAAACCUGGAGUUCCCAGGAAAAAAAAUAAUAAGCAAAAGCCUGUUAAUUAAACCAAUGGAAGCAGCAUCCAGCAUUUUAUAAUUAACCUCGAGUCGAAAGACUAUUUUUGGAUGCCAUUCAUUAACAUUAGCGCAGAAAACAGCAGUGGACCGAGCGUUGUUUUUCCUCUUACAUCUAUGUUUACAGAAUCCACAGGACGUGUUGUCAAAGCAGGCGAGAUCCCCACAUUCUCUACUUGGCUUGGCUGCAGACUUAUUCCCUCCUUAACAUGGAGAGACAUGGUUAGUGGGUAAAGGCUCUCACCACCAAGUCUUAGGACCUAAGUUCGAUACCUGGAAUUCACAUGGUUAAGGGAGAAACGUGACUCCUCAACCCAUCUUCUGACAUCGAAACAUGUACCAUGACGUAUUCUCCCCACAGGCCCCUACACACAUCACACUAAAUAAAGUCAUAUAAAAUUUUUUAAAGAGUAUGAUAUAAAUCCAUAGUGUGGAAGCUAACAACUAUACCAUCUUCUAGAAGUCAAGCAAAUCAAAAUCAUAGCCAAGGCAGCCUUUAAUCCCCUCCUUUCCCUUCUCAACCUCAGUAGAUGACUGAACGCCUUGUGGAUUCCACUCCUGACCCCCACCUGUGGAACACUUUGGAAGCUUUUCAAGACAAGGUCAAUAUUUAGAAGUUUUGACUGAUUUAUGAAUGGGAUAGAGAUUGUAGACUAUACCUACAAUAUACUGGUUUUGCUGUUAGGAAAAUACAUUCACUAUGCAAAACAGACUAUUAGCUUAGAGAGAGUGAUGGAGAAGUCUGGCAAAGAAAGCCAAAGCCAAGGACUACAGGACAGAGGGAAGCGGGACAGGAGAGAUGGCUCAGUGGACAAAGACGUUUGCGGGCAAACCUGAUGAUCUGAGUUCCAGUGGUUGACAAAGAGACCCAACACCAGAAGUAUUCUCUGACCCGGCUCGCUCACCAUGACUUGUGUAGCAGCACCCAUUCAACAUAAUAAUAAUAAAAUUAUUUUUUAAAUGGAAUUUACCCUAUCAAACACUCGCAAUGUCUGUAUACCAUGAAACCACAUGGAGGCAUAGAAAAGGAUGUUUGUGAGUAACCAUUAUUUUGAAAAUACAGCUUAAAAGGUUUGAUAGAACACACUUAUUUAAAUAUUUUCAGAACAGAAAGACUAUCUUCUAUUGACAUUUUAUGUUUUGUUUUAUAAAUGUUGAAAAUGUUAGACCCUGGCUUUGAUGAUCAAUUCUUCAAGAACA